UAUUUGUAAUUCAUAAUGUACCAACUACUUUCACAAACUGUGUCUUAAAUUCUGUUAUUUUAUCUAAAGGGCCUAUAGGUUUAAAUCAAAAGCAACAGAGUGAUAAUGAGUCUAAUUAUAAAAUUGAUAAAAAAUUAAACAUAUAG